AUGGAUCAAGGAUCCCUGCGCAAAAGACGUCACAAGAGUUUCGCGGGGUGCUGGACAUGUCGCGCGCGAAAAGUCAAGUGUGAUGAGACCAGGCCGAGCUGUGUGCAGUGCAGCCUCAAGCAGCUUUGCUGUGAGGGCUACGAGGUCAGGCUGCGAUGGAUGCCUUUGGAAGCUGUAUCUCAUGGAUAUCGUGAUGAUGGGAGCAGGCGAUCUGAGGAUGACUUGGAACAUGGCCAGCAAAGAUUUCAGCGAAGUCUUGUCAUUUGCGAUGAGAAUGCAGAAUCUCCCCUUCAGCUAUCAGAACUCGAUGAUAUCUUUAGCCAGAUCGACAGCUUCCAGAGCCAAAAGGAUCAGUCACAUCACAACCAGCUCUUCUUGUCCAGCUUCGGCGUUUUUGACCCAUCCUAUACUGAAAAAGGCUACCAUGAAGACGGCACAUUGCCGUUCUACGCUACGGUACCGCCUUCGGAGGAUACUCUGCCGUCUUUAUCUAGCAGUUCUUUCGCUGACUCUUGGGAGCCGGACUCAAGUCAUGAGGAGUAUCUUCCACAUGCAUCGAUCCCUGGAUUCAACCUGACUGGUUUUGGGGCCCUUCUUCAUGCACAUGAGGCCUCCGCGAUCCUCACGUCAGAUCAAGAGAGCUCAGCCAUCACUCUUGAAGAUAGCAUUCUAGAUAACACAGCUGUGAUCCUUGGAGAUCGGCCACCCGAGAGUCCCGCUACUUCAGUAAGAACAGCGCCUCCUGAGAGAUUCAACUACUACACCUCACCCUCCCAGCAUUCUCAACAACAAGACGACCGCGCACUUUGGUGGAAAGACACCUCCAACACCAUCAUCCACAACCCCUCGCCCCUCCCCCUGCCCACCCUCGAACGCUUCCUCCUAAACCACUACGUCCACCGCGUCGUCCACCUCUUCUGCGUCAUCUCCUACGAGAAAUCACCCUGGAAGACAAUCCAUCUCCCUCGCGUCCUACAGUCCGCCGGCCAGCUGAGUCUGCACGGCUCCACGACAAAGGUCAGAGAGGCGUUGCGAAACGCGCUGCUGAGCAUCAGCGCGUUCUACCUGGCGAAUGAUAACCGCGAGAGAGGGUGUGAGAACGAAGGGGAUAGGUGGGAGGAGGAUGCGGUGAGGUUUAGGGGCAGGGCGAUCAAGUUGUUGAAGGAAACGGUGGAGGGGUCGACACCACAGUCGAGGCCCAAGUAUAAGGAGCUGCUGGCUACGAUGCUGUCACAAAUCACCAUCAAUGUCAUGUCUGGAGACACGAGCACCUGUGGCAUCCAUUUAGACGGCGCCUUCCGCUUCAUGAACCACGUCAAAGCCACCAAGUCCACGUAUUCCUCCAAAGCUCGCUCCCUCCACCGCAUAUACUUCUACCUCCGCGUCAUCUACGACAGUACAGCCUGCAGGAACUCUUGCGACUACAACGAUGGAUCUCCACCCUCUCCCGAAGCCGACUUUGGCACCGCCCUAUCCGUCAGUCUGCUGGACAAAGUCGAAGAUGAAGGCGUAGGUUCGGGGAAGUCCAAGUCAGUGCUGAACCACGUCACUGCCCCAAAGGCCCAGCAAGUAGGCGAGUAUGAAUGCGUCUACGGUGUUCCUCAGGCCCUUCUCAUCCUCCUAGCACGAACAACCGAGCUCAUCGACCAAGUCACCACGUCCCGCCAACAACAACCGAACAGCCCAUCAACUGACUUUUCCGACCAAUGCGACCAGCUCGAAUCCGAAAUCAUCGACUGGGAACCCGCCUCGUCCUCUACCUCGGACUUAGACACAACUCCUAGCGCACUCAUCAUCCAAAAAACCACCCUCGCCUUCCACUCCGCCCUCAUAAUCUACUUUGCGCAACACAUCCGCCACCUGCACCACAACUACCUUCGUACCCACAUCCUCCUCGUCCUGUCCUCCAUAGAAGCCAUUGAGGCCAUCAAGUCCGAGAAGAACAUCUUCUCUGCCCCUUUGUACUGGCCAGCGUUUAUAGCGGGGAGUGAGGCGUUCGAGAAGGGUCUGCAGGAUAGGUUCAGAGGGUGGUAUUGGAAGGUCGAGGGGUAUAGAUUAGCAAGCGUGAGGAGUGGGAUUGAUGUUUUGAGAGAGGUCUGGAAGAGGGGGCCAGGAGGAGGGAAGGGGACGAGUCAUUGGAGGAGGGUGGUGCAGGAGACUGGCGUGAGGCUGAUGCUAAGCUGA